AUGGAUUAAGUAAAUGCUAUGCAGUAAUACAUAACCAAAUUAAAGACUGCUCUGACAGAUUUAUAAUAAAAAAAUAAGGACUUGGAAGUAAAACUUGAAUAGGAACACAAAUUAGUGUAAACUUUGGAAGAAAAAUUAGAAUAUACCGAGAAAAAGUUAUCGAAUGAAAAAGAAUAAGUUGAAAUGCUAGGAAUCAAAGUUGAUGAAUAUGAAAAGAAAUUGAAGAGCAUAUCUGAUACUAAAGUAUCAAAAUUAUUAAAUUUAAGAAACCUAGUUUUUUAGGCAAAGUAUUUAAUAAUUCCCAAUUAGAUCAAAUGACAAUUAAAAUUAAUUAAACUGAAUAAUCAUUAGAUCUCUAAAUCUAGGAAAAUGAAAAAUUACAUGCACAGGUCUUCACAUUAAAAACUCAAUUAGAAAUAUUAGAGAAUAAGUCUGAAGAAGAGCAAUAAAUAGCUAAAUAAAAAUUUUAGAAAUUGACUUUAUAUUAUUAAUAAGAAAAAGCUAAAAAAGUAGAACUAGAGAAAUAAAUCUAAUAAUUAAAUCUAGUGCAAGCAGGGUUACAAUGUGAAAUCAAUCAAUUGAACCAAUAAAUUGAACAGUUGAAGAAGGACAUAGACAAUAAAUAGCAAGAAUUCUUGUCUUCACGAUAAUUGCUUGAUAAAAAUUAAGAGGAUAUGAAGAAGUUGACUCAAGAUCUCAUUAAUCUGUAACAGGAUAUGUAUAUGCUAUUUUAUUAAUUGAUAGACGGCAAUUAGAGCAAGAAAAGAAUGAAUUCUAGUCCUUUGUUUAAGAAAUUUAAAAUUAUGUUACUGGAUUGUCUAUCGAUCAAUAGUACUAAGACUUAGUUAAUAGUUUAAACGAAAUAAUCUCAAAAAUGCAUAAACAAACUUAUAUGAAGGAACUAUUCUUGCAAGCAAAACCAGGGAAUUAUGAAAUCUUUAAGUUAGCUUAAGAAAAAAUACUUAAACUUGGAAAAAAAGUAAUAGUGUUUUGAUAUAUCAUAGAAUGAGCAAUUAAUUAAGUAGAAUAAGUAGUUACAAGAUAAAUUAUAAGUUUAAAAGAGUAAGUAAGAAUGA